UGUUGCGCGACCGCGAGUGUGGCACACGAUGCGGAUUGGAAGGAACGCGUACGCUGUGUUUUGUUUGUCGUUAGUGAAAUUGUGUCAUUUUGUCCCAAUUUGUUAAAGCAGCUGCGCGAGCGUGCCUGUGUGUGUGGCUGUUGUUCGUGUGCGCCACUGUACACGCAACGCCCCGUGUGUGUCUGGUUUACCUGGUUAGAUUGUGGCAGCAGUUGUAGAAAGGAACCUGUGCCUGGGCGCGUGCUUGUGUGUGCAUAUGUGGUGUGUGAGCUGUGUUGAGAAAUAAAAACGGAAAACGUGGCGAGCAACAGUAACAACAGCCCACCAGGGAAGGGCACGCACAUUACGGCCGUAUCAGUCACAGUCUGUCAGCGCCAGCCAGUGCCACCAGCCUCCCCCCCACCCGUUUCCCCAUAACAGCAUCAUUGGUUUCAACUUUAUUGGGGCUACAUAAAAUAUCGAAUGUCCCCGGAAAGGACACUUGAUGAAGACAGCAGUGACGGUGCCAGUGAUCAUCUAAUUGCGGACGAAUCGAUCGAGGAAGAGCUGCUAGAGGAAGAGGAAGACGCGGAGAUCGGCCACAGUGGUACGGGUUUAGUGACCAUCGUUGGAGAUCACGUGACCGUUGAGACCACGUCACCGGUGCCCAGUCCGGGAGCAGAAACGACAAUAUCGUCCCAUCUCGGGUGCGCUGCCGAGGGGGGUCCCACCAGAGUACCAACAACUUCAGGGACUGAUUCUGUCCGGAACGGCUCCACCAUGGUGCUGUCAACGAUUCCACUCGAGCAGUCAAUGAUGCAUCAACAGCUACUACACCUGCAGCCACAGCAGCAACACACCGUAAACCAUACGAUCAACAACAACAACACGAGCUUCAAAAACCACAAUAGUGGCAGCGGUUCGGCUGGAGCAAAAAACAUUCUUAUCAGCAGCAACACGGGCAACUGCAACAGCAACACUAACAGUGGUACUAGCAGCAGCAGCAGCAGCAGCAGCAGCAGCAGCAACACGAUUACGCAUCAAAUCGUGCAUCAACAUCAUCCCCAUACGUACACCAUCAGUCUUGGCAAUCAUAGUGCGGCUGGUAACGGUACCCACUACCAAACGGUUGCCACGGCAACACCCAACAAUGGUGCUGGUGGUAGCAUUGUUGCACCAAUCACAACCGGAAGCAGUAACGGCAACAACACCAGCAGCAAUAUGGCACCCGUCGGUACGGGUGCACUCGCACUAGUAACGGGAGGUUCCGCCACCGUCGUCAAUACCGUGCCAUCGUCGCCGUCUCCGGUAGUGUCAUCGUUAGGUGCUGCCAGCACUGGUACGGCCGGUACCGGUAUGUUGGUGGUGGCGGAUCGGAAUGGAACGGCCACUACCACGACCACGGGCAAGCUCGUACUGCUGCACCAGGGCCGCGCAGGUGAAGAUUAUAUAACAACGACAGGCGAAACGAUCAAUGGGGGCAACAUCGUACUGCUGGCAACGGAACAGAUGGAUAUGGCCGAACACGACAUUAUCAACAAUAAUGUUAUCAUAAGCACCACUGCCACCGGUACCGGUGGUACGGCACGAACGGUCACACUCCCAGCGCAUCAGUCGCAUCUACUGCACGGUGGUACACCCGUCACAGCAGCCACCAACGGGCAACCACCGACGACGAACGGUGACGAGGAGCUGACAUCGUUGUCUUGGUUGCAGGAUAAGAAUUUACUCAAAGGUAUCCAUCUGCCUAAAGUGCCAGUUUCAUCCCCGGAUAGUCCCAGACAGAUAAGCACGGUAGUGACCGGUGGUGGUGUGGCUGGUCGUAUCUCACCGACCAGCGACUUUGUGGAAGAUUCAUCCAGCAUUUCCGAGGAUAACAACUCUUCAGCCAAUUCGUCAUCGGAGCAGAGUAGCACCGGCUGUGCAUAUUCAAUCGAUCCAGCCGUGACGAUCGAUCGACGGACGCCAUCGCAGCAUCUGUACCAGCAGCACGGUUCCAGCUCGAAGGCAAUCACCACGCUUAACGGAGAUACGAUCAUUGGUAUACCGGUGAUUGCGGUUAAUCAGCAUCACCAUCCGCAUCACACGCUCGCCGGCACCAAUGGCACGAUCCAGCAACAGGUAGUGCUGGACGGUGGUAAAACGAUGAAGGUGUCCGUGAUGACGAGCCCGGGUCCGGCCACAACGGCUACACCGUUCAUUGUAACGGGGGGCAGCAGUACGGGCGUACCGAUUUCUACAUCGUACGGGAUUGUGUCAUCACCCGUCAGCUCGACAGUGGCGGCUCCGGUGGCAGCUUCGACACCGGUGAGCACACACUCAAAUUCCAACAGCAGCACUGCUACAAGCACUCCGCAUCAACACUUCCACAAAAAGUAUCUUCGGGAGGAGCUUGUGAAGCAGCAACAGCAACAGCAGCAGCAACAGCAGCAACAACAGCAACAUCAGCCAUCGCAGCAUCAACCAAACGCUAAAACCAUGAUCGGUGGAACAGUGACACUGAUGUCCGCUAGUGGAACAAGCAACAUCUUCGUUACACCCAUGAAACAACAAACAAACAGUGCUGUGAAGUACGAUGAUGGUACCGACAGCGUCGAGGAUCGUCAUUAUCCUCCACCGGCAGCACCGAUCAAGAACGGUAGUAGCAGCAGUUAUGGUGGAAGUAGCACCAUGAGUUCCCCGAAUGUGAGUGGCGAGGAGUACAGCAACCACGUCGGCAACACCGUGACCGUGUACGGUGGCCUCAACAUGAUCAAGCAAUCACCUGUGCCGUCGCCGACGAUGCUGUCCCCAACCCACAACGGUAGCUCCAGCAACGGGUUGAUCAUUCAGCACCAUUCGAAUCAUUACCAGCCACAGCAGCAACCGAUUGCAACACCGCCUCCACAGCAACAACCGUUGCCACCGCCGCCAUCCACCAGCUCGACUGCGUCGCUUUCUAUGCCCGCAUCGCCCCAAGGUUCCUCCGGUAGUUCCGUCAGUCCGUCGAAGUUAGCUCCGCCGAAAGCGAAGCAUCCGACCAACGUGCCAUACGAUCCGCUGGUACACGUGAACAGUAAGCCUCCGUUCAGCUUCAGCUCGCUCAUCUUCAUGGCCAUUGAAAACUCCCAACAGAAGGCGUUACCGGUGAAAGAGAUUUACGCCUGGAUCGUGCAUCAGUUCCCGUACUUUAAAACCGCCCCGACCGGGUGGAAGAACAGUGUGCGCCACAAUCUAUCGCUGAACAAGUGUUUCCAGAAGGUGGAAAAGGCUGCGAAUCUCGGUAAGGGCUCCCUGUGGAUGGUGGAGCCUCAGUUCAGGCCAAACCUCGUGCAGGCUCUUUCGCGCUCACCGUUCCACGCCGGUUCCGGCAUGGAUAAGGCAACGUAUAAGAGCAUGCAGCAGCAACGUUCCACCAAUGCCAGCCCAACUGGCAAUGGGUCACACUAUUCCAAGCAGGAUAAUUUUCCACAGCUCACAAGUCGUCUAGCACCGACGGAUGCACAAAAUGGUCUGCUGCAUCAUGAUGAUCUGGACGAUAUUAGUCGCUCCUCCACGCCGAUCGAUUACGAUGGUGGAAGUGGCGAUUUGGCAUCCGGUUCACACCACAGCACCCAGUAUCAGCCCCAGCAUCAUCACAUACAGCACGAGCAGCACCAAUUGCCUUCCGCCCAUCACGCUCACCAGCAGUUGAUUGCUGUGGCCGGCGGUGGUUACCAUCACAAUCGGCAUGGUUCACCCGAACCGCCCGCAAAUGGAUCGGUAAAUGCUACGUAUCUAUCGAGCGUUGACGGUACCACGAUCGUGACGGGUCCGAGCGGCGUUGUGUACAUGAACGGUGGUACAGUCGGUGCGGCUAUAUCGAAGGAUAUCGUUACCGGGCGAGAAUGGAGUGCCGAUACAAUAGAGGAUGUGAAUGCCGCUACGGCAAUGCUCGCCCUCAAGCACGGGCCUAAGAUAUUCACGGAAAGUUCGUUCCGCAAUGGCCAACCUCCUGUCAUUACAACCUCACCGAGCGAAGACCAUACAUACUCUGCCGGUGGCGUCGGUGUGCAAGAGCUGACGAGCAAUGGAUUGACUACGAACGGGUCGACCACAGCGAUAGGGAAUGGGUACAGCUGCUGCUCGUCGUCCGAUGAGCGAUACGAACCACAGCACAACAGUCGGCACCCUCAGCAUCACACGGUGGGCAGCCACCCUCAUCAUCACCAGCCACAGCAGCAACACCAUUCGAUUCGGCCAAGUGAUACGGUCAGCAAUGGCACGUCAUCCGAUGCUACGUACGAGAGCAGUGAGGAAAGCCAUCCGCCGCACGUUGCGUCCGCCGAAGAUGUGGAGGAACGUCGCCGUCAGGAAGGUGUGUUUGCACUGCUCAACCUCGCCCAAAUGACCUACUCACCUUCGCCUUCCUCGUCUAUGUCAUCCUCGACGUCUACCCUAUCAUCGCCCGCAUCCUCUACGGGUUCGCUGAAACGGGCUGCUCCGAAUGAUACGUCAUACGCACCUGUACAUGGAAACUAUCGCCAACACGCCGGCUCACCUGAUCGAGCACGGACAGCCUCGCCGCAAAUAGCUCACCAUCAUCACCUGCACCAUCUACAAGCGAAUGGACUUUUGCAUGCCGAAUCGGGUGUUAACACCGGCGGCAACAUCUUGCAAACGAUCCCCAAUGUUUCAUACUACACUGGUGGUGGUGGUGGUGGUGGUGGUAGCAGUAGCAGCAGUAGUGGCGAUCUUACCCGUCAAUAUGCAUCGCCACCGCCGGCAAAGAAAACCAAACCACGCUCAUCGCUCAAGAAGCUGAAGAAGAAAUCGCUCGGCCGGUAAUAUUACACCGCUAGGUCAAAGGGUGAACUCUCCAUCGGUGCAGUACCGUCCUUAGGUUGAUCUGGUUGCGUUUUAUAAAGGACGCAUACAGGCAUACUAACAUUUGUAUCUACACACCACACGACGACGACUACCGGUCGUUUAUGACGCGCGACUGCUAUACCCCGCUGCUGACCCAUGUGGGGUGUGAUGGUAGCCGACACUCUAUCGUUACUAUUGAUGCCUCUAAGCACUGUUAAAUUCCCUUUAAUAUUUUAAACGAUUCACCGAGAGCGAGGACAUGCGUAAACUGCGAAAGCGUUUUUGACGUCCGUUUCCUCGUUUAGAUGUUCUUGUCGAAUCUAACACUAUUGCCUUAUCGAUGUAUGCGUCAGGGAGGGGUGGUAGGAAGUGGGUUAAAAAAGUGCACUGUGGAGGAGGCUGAGGCUUUCCAACGCGCAAUUAACACAUGCGGAUAAUGUAAGGAGUAGGAAUGUAAAAAAAACGUGUGAUAUGCUAGAACGGAUAAUGCACGGAACCGUUAUCCGGGUGUGCAUCCAGUUUCCAGUUCGAACGGUUUCGCCAGCUUCGCGAACAUAAAUUACCAAGAAAAAGGGACGCCACUAUUCGAUCGUGCCCGAAAUUGCAUAACAGCCAAAACUAGCAUCACUAUCUGUUUCCCCUGUUAUAGCUAUUCCAUAUCCUAGCGUCUAGUUUCUGUUUGAAGGGAAACGUUUCUGUUUUUCUGCUUUCCGAUGCCUCAAAUCGCAAUUUGGCCAUCCAAAUCAGGAGACUAGGCAGAAGGUUAGGGUUAGUGUGUUGUUUUUAUCACGUGAACACGCAUCAUUGAUGUUUGUUUCGAACGCUCAGGAGUGUUAGGUUCGUUUGAUCGUUUAGAGAGUGAGAAACGGAGAAUGCAGCUUUGCUGGUUAAAAUGAUCGACUCGAUUAUGGUGGGAUUUUCUCACCACCCUCCCUCCCCCCCGGGUGGUAGUUAAAUGUUUCUUGUUACGAUUGUUCUGUAUUUUCUUCUCAAAGCACAAGCAUAGCUUGUCGAGCUUUAAUCGGUUUGACGAUUUUUGUUUCGCACCGGCACGAUCGUUCAUCGAUCGUGUUCGAUGCAACCUGUUCUGUUUCUCGAUGUUCCAUCUACAAUCAACCAUUGGCUAAUUGUUAUGCGAUUAGCUUAGCGUAGAGUACACUAGGCAGAUAGGGGGUGUUUAGAUGGUUUAGUGUGAUUUUUUGCCGCAUGGGAUGUCGACGGACAGCAACAGCAACGGAUUCGGUUCAUGUUCGACGAUCUUUGCUUUGCGCGUCCUUCACGUCCCAUUCAAAAUACAACUCGUUUGAUCGUGUAGCAUGUAACGCAAGUCAAUCAUAAAGUUUUAACAUAAGCAACUACAACCUGUAAGAGUAGCAGAAGACAAAGAGAGCGGUAAGGAAGGAAGGAGGAAACGUAAAAAUCGUAGUCAAAUUGUCACCAAAAUUGCAUUUUUUUUGUUUUUAUGAUUGUUUAACAAGUUGCUUCGUUUUGAUUUUA